UACUUUUGUUUUGUUGGUGUGAUAUUCUGUUGGUAUCUUGGUCAGGUUUUGUUGAUCGUAAGUGGCGUCUAUAAAAAAAUAUAUAUAUUAAGUUGUCCACCUACCGUUACCAAUCCGAGAGGGAACGAUGAAACGAAAAAGCAGCGCUAGAAAAAGUGGAAAAUUGGAUGAUCCAAGCAACGGUGUUGCGCUUGAGCAAAAUGAUGACGCCGACGAGCCGCAGGACAAGAAAAGCAGGAAAUCUGGCAAAGGAAAAAAAGCCAGAAACCAGGCAGACGGCACAAACAGUACGACUGAGACCAAAGAGGAAGGCUCUCGAGACAAUGCAGAAGCAGAUCCAUUGGCAGACUCAGAUAAUGAUGCUGAGUAUGAGGUUGAAGCAAUACUCAGCGAUAAGACACUGAAAGGUGUGCAUCACUAUCUCAUCCGAUGGAAGGGGUACACAGAAGAAAGCGACACGUGGGAACCGGAGGACACCCUGGACUGCGCAGAUCUCAUAAAGGAAUAUAAAAACAAAAAGAACGAUAAAACAAGCCUAAGGAAGACAGAGAAGAAGAAAAAAGAGAAGAAAGGCAAAGCGGCAGUUGAAUUAGAGGAGGAGACUUGGGACGAAAACCAAGAUUUUGAGGUCGAUCGCAUAUUGGACGUCUAUUUCCACAAGAACGGGAAGCGGGAAUUCCUCGUUUCAUGGAAGGGGUACCCCACGUCAGACAAUACCUGGGAGCCUGAAGAGAACAUGGACUGCAAGGAUCUGAUCAAAAAGUUCAUGGACAAGGUGGAGCGGGCCAAAAAGGUUGACAACAAAGAGCUGAGAGUGCAGAGGAAACAGGUGCAGAGACUGGACUUCGCCAUGCACCAAAGCGCCAGGCGACUCAGCAAACGGCACAGCGGAAAAGAGAGGGUGCAGUACCAUGACGCAGAAUAAAGUCAAAGGCAUCAAAAAUUGGUACUAAGUAUUUCAUGCUGUACAUAAUUAUAAGUGUUUUUCAUUUAAAAUUAAAGUUGAUUUUUGUUAUAUAUAUAUCUGGGCAGUAUUUUCUUUAUGCGUGGCGGUGUAAGACAGAGGACGCUGUUUUUUGCGACCACGCCAGAUAUCAUUAAAGGGGACUAUGUUCCGGUGUGCUUCCUUUAUGAGGACCGCAAUUGAAACGCUUACCUCGUUUUCCUAAAUUUGAAAACGGCGUCUGGUUUGCAUGCGGGUAUUUAGUUAUAUUAUCAAUUAGUUAUAUAGAUCUGAACUCCCCCGACGGAAAGCUAUUUUUAUUUAUAAAUUUUGUGCAUCACACUCGUACUAGAAGUAGUUUCAGUACGAGAACAAAAAGUUUAUUUCUAUAAAUUUAAGAAAGUUUCUUUUCUUCAUAUAAAAGUUAAUGUAGAUGGAAGUUUGUGUGUAUUGAAUAGUAAU